UUCCUGCGCGUGAAGUUGAGAGAUCGCUGCUGCGUGACGUAGAGCAUCAUUCGAGCAGCUCUGAAAACAGCAUCGUGCUCGUGUCCUCCGAAAGCUGAAGACACGGAGAACAUGGACGGACCGCUAACGAUACAUCUGCGGCCAUUUCUACUCUGUUUAUGUGUUUAGCAGUGCGUGCGGUUAUGUGUAUGUGUGCGUUUGGAAACCUGACGCGUCAUAGCUCGCUCUGCACCAGCCGAGGCAGGCGGCGGUGCUGAGGAGUCUCUGCCGUUGCAGUUGCAGCCGAAGGAGAGGGGACUAAGCAAGCCUGUGUGAAUGUUGGCCGGGCUCGGAAACGUGGCAGGAUGGCGUCCACGGGCACGCAGAUCUUCGCCUUUGUGCUGGCAUUGCUCGGCAUUCUAGGUGCCACCGUGGCCACGUUACUGCCCAACUGGAAGGUGAGCGCGGACGUGGGUUCGAACAUCAUCACUGCCAUCUCGCAGAUGCAGGGGCUGUGGAUGGACUGCACCUGGUACAGCACAGGCAUGUUCAGCUGUACACUAAAGUACUCUGUGCUGGCACUGCCCGCAUACCUGCAGACGGCACGCACCACUAUGGUUCUUUCCUGUGUGUUGGCAGCACUGGGAUUGUGUUUGGCCUCUCUGGGUUUGAAGUGCACUCGCUGGGGUGGAGGACGGCGUGCUAAACGCCACGCUGCUAUGGCAGCGGGCACCUGCUUUCUGGCCUCUGGCUUCCUCUGCCUCGUUCCCGCUUCUUGGUACACAAACGAGGUUAUUGUUAGCUUCCUUGACGCCAAUGUGCCCGAAAGCAACAAGUUCGAGCCAGGAGGCGCAGUCUACGUAGCCUUCAUCUCGUCUGGUUUCCUGUUCGUGGGUGGGUCCAUUUUCUGUCUGUCCUGUUCAGGCAAACGGCACGGCCCUCAGGAUUUGAUACUUCUCCCCCCUGACAAACUCCUUUUGCAGCAGCAACAGCAACUGCUGCAACAACAGCAGCAGCAGGAUCAGCUCCAGCACCAGUACUGCUCUCUCUCGCCGCUGGAUAACAAGACUGGCUACAGUCUGCAGGACUACGUCUAGAGUGCAAACAGUUCAGGUGCGAGACAAGCGCAAUGCACUGCCACUCAACCUCUUGGCUCUUGUGAUUACAACAUGAAAGGGCAGGAGGGACCGCAACUUUCAAACCUUCCCCUUCUCCUCUCCGUCUCUCUCCUUUUUAAGAUCAGGAAGCACAAACGGGAGAUGUACUCCCUGAAGCAAUGUCUUGGAACAGACGGAUUGUGAAUACCGAGGGGCAGGCAGGUAGCAGAAACGCUGCAGUAGCGACAGCGAAAGUGGUGUGAAGUACUGAGCAAGAUAAAUAAAUGCACAUAUCCAGCAUCCUAUUAAACCUUAUUAAAGCGUUCCUCUGGGAACUAAUUAGCAACAAGGGAAUGUUUCUGCAAUUUCGAAUCCCCCCAACCCCUUCCCAAAGAUCUGAACUAUGAAGCAAUCGUUUAGCUGCUAACAAUCGUUUGAUAACCUCUGUUUAACGUAAGAUGGCAAUAUGUCUCUAAGAGGCAAUGGUAUGGAAGAGCCCUUGUUUGGGAGGUUCUUUGCUCCCCCCCCCUCCUACAUGAGUAAUGGUUGUGUUAAUGAAACCUCUUGUCUUAUUUUGGUAGCUGAUAGACUGACAUGAUUGAUAUUCUGCCUAAGCAUGCUUUCUGGAGCCUGUGCAUAAUGCAGUGGAAUGCCUGAUGUAGACUGAAUUGUAGCCAUAUAGCCUGUGCCUAAAGAGCUCUAGUACAUAAACCGCCCAAACUGUUUGGAGAGAAGUAGGAGGAGCGAGUGAGUAGGGAUGGCCGGGGAAAUCCAUAAAGGCUGAGAGGAGACUGCCCCUUCAUAUGUCAAAUGAAACAACACUUUCGUAUUUCAGACUAGACAACAGCAAGCAGUCUUGAGCUCAGGGCUAGCCGUUCGCUCCAUUCGCACCAUCGUUUAUACUGUGCUGCAUGUGUGCUUUUAUUCACGCUCCCACUCACUGCCAUGGAAACGGGAUUCGACACCCAGAUACGUGUAUUGUGUAGAGGUCGUACCUUUCUGCCCACUCUGAGGAUGGUGGUCCUAUCUAGGAUGGGCUGGAGGCUGUCAUGAAUCACUCCAGCUAACAGCAGAGGAUUGGUGUCUAGGGACAAAGCCUCAGUCUUUAACUUGCUGACCAACUCAAUCAAUAAUUGCAUCAAUGAUAUUUUUAGUAAUUGGCUACAUUUGAACGAAACUGUGUGGUUAUGCCCACUCUCACAGCAAAUACUCCUUUUUCCGAGUAACGUUUCUUCUCUGCAAAUUUAAACAUACAGUUGAAGUCAGAAUUAUUAGCCCCCCUUUGAAUUUUAUUUUCUUUAAAUAUUUCCCAAAUGAUGUUUAACAGAGCAAGAAAAUUUUCACAGUACGUCUGAUAAUAUUUUUUCUUCUGGAGAAAGUCUUAUUUGUUUUAUUUCAGCUAGAAGAAAAGCAGUUUAAAUUUUUUGAACACCAUUUUAAGGUCAAAAUUGUUAACCCCUUUACGCUAUUUUUUUUUUUCCGAUAGUCUACAGCAGUGUUUCCCAACCCUGUUCCUGAAGGCACACCAACAGUACACAUUUCAAGCUCUCCCUAAUCAAACACACCUGAAUCGACUCACCAGAACAUUAGAAGAGACUCCAAAACCUGAAGUGAAUGGGUGAGAUAAGGGAGACAUCCAAAAUAUGUUCUGUUGGUGUGCCUCCAGGAACAGGGUUGGGAAACACUGGUCUCCAGAACAAACCAUCGUUAUACAAUAACUUUCCUAAUUACCCUAACCUGCCAAGUUAACCUAAUUAACCUAGUUAAGCCUUUAAAUGUCACUUUAAGCGGUAUAGAAGUGUCUUGAAGAAUAUCUAGUCAAAUAUUAUUUACUGUCAUCAUGGCAAAGAGAAAAUAAAUCAGUUAUUAGAAAUGAGUUAUUAAAACUGUUAUGAAAAAAAAUGGCGGAAAAAAUAAACAGGGGGGGCUAAUAAUUCAGACUUCAAUUGUAUUUGUCUCCAAAUGCAUCAGUCAUCUACAAGAGUCUCUUUUAUUCAUAUUUAAUGAACAUUAAAAGGUUAUUCUUAGUGUUUACAGACAUCAUCUACCAAUUCCAAGAGAGAGAACCACAGAUUAACACUAAUGGCUUAUUCACACCAAGCAGAGUGACUAUAAAUAAUACUAACAAUAAAUAUUAACCUCUAGUAAACGACUGAUGUUCUCAGUGUGCAACUAGAGCAUCUGAUCACUGAAUAUUUUAUUUAAAGGUAUUAUUCUAAUCAAACUAAUUUAGCAACUGUAUUCGGUGUAGGGAAUAAAAACAACUAUUUUAAAUCGCAGCAUUGUUAAAGGAUUCAACUGAAACUGAAGUGGAAACAUGAGAUACUUUUAUUUCAUAUAUCAAUUUGCUAGCCUGGCUUGCCUCACUUCCAUAUAUUUUUAUCAUUUUCUAGAUGGUCAUUAUCUUUAAAUCAUCAUGGUAAGAAUUUAUAAUUACACACUAUGAAUCAUUCAUUAUGCAUCAUCAAAUAGUGAAUUCAUUAUCUGUUAAGCAUUAACUCAUAACAGAUAUUAGUAAGCAGUUUAUAACAGCAGAUACAAAUGCUCUUAUAAGUAGGACCAGAGAGAAUCUGCUGACAUUUUUAGCUAUUCCUGCUCUGAAUAAUGUGAAAAAUCUGCGGAUUUAUGCGGAAGUAUUUUGGGAGUAUCGUAACUAAAACCUUAAUAUAUGAAAUAAACAAUAAUACCUUUUCAAUGUUUAUUCAAUGUUUACGAUGCGAAUCCAAUUAGAUCCAUUUAUUUGGUAAACAAAGCAAGUCUCUCAUAUAAUAUAUCUACACUAUAUCUACUAAAUAU